GCGCGUGAUGACAAACACUGAAACCAAGAAUCAGUCAGAGAAUCUAAAAACGUCAAAGGAUGCAGUGAAGGUCGAAGACGAAGCAGUGAAAGGGGAAAUAGUGAAGAAAUAUUGAAGAAGGGAGAAUGAGCAGCAACGCUAGAAACGGAACGGUGGUUUGUGUCACCGGUGCUUCUGGCUAUAUUGCUUCGUGGCUCGUCAAGUUCCUUCUUGUUCGUGGUUACACGGUCAAGGCCACUGUUCGCGAUCCUAAUGAUCCCAAGAGGGUAGAUCAUUUGCUAAACCUUGAUGGAGCAAAGGAGAGGUUGCACCUGUUUAAAGCAGAUCUCUUGGAAGAAGGUUCCUUUGACCAUGCUGUUGAGGGAUGUGAGGGUGUCUUUCACACUGCAUCUCCCUGUCUCUUUGAUGUCAAGGACCCUCAGACUGAACUUAUUGAUCCAGCUGUCAAGGGAACUCCUAAUCUUCUUAAAUCAUUUGCAAAAUCGUCAUCUUUGAAACGAGUUGUUUUAACAUCUUCCAUGGCUUCAAUCAUAUAUAGUGGACAGCCUAGAACUCCCGAAGUCAUUGUUGAUGAGACAUGGUUUUCAAAGCCAGAGUUUUGUAGGGAGGUUAAGCUCUGGUACGCACUUUCGAAGACUUUGGCUGAAGAUGCUGCCUGGAAAUUUGUAAAAGAAAACAACAUUGACAUGGUUGUUAUCCACCCAGGAGUCGUACUCGGAUCACUCUUGCAACCAUCACUUAAUGACUCUUCUGCUGCAGUUUUAAAGCUAUUAACUGGUACACAAACAUCUCCAAAUUUAACCACAGGAUGGAUCAAUGUAAAAGAUGUUGCACAUGCUCAUAUUCAAGCAUUUGAGAUUUCUUCGGCUAAUGGAAGAUAUUGUUUGGUUGAGACACUGGCACACUUCUCAGACAUUGUAAAGAUUUCACAUGAACUAUACCCAACAUUACCACUUCCAGAAAAGUUUGUUAUGGAUGAGCCCCUGAUGCCAAAGUUUCAAGUUUCCAAAGAAAGGGCAAAAACCUUAGGAAUUGAGUUUGUUCCAUUAGACAUAUCUCUCAAGGAGACGAUCGAAAGCUUGAAAGAGAAGAAGUUUCUUGACUUUUAAUCAUGAUAUCUCUUGCUAAUAUUGAUAAUCAUGACCAUGUUUUUGUUCACACCUUUGGUUUUGCAGACUUCGUAUCCUUUGUAAAACAUGGUUGAGAGGACAUAAUUGUGGUACAAGGAUUGUAAUAAAUAAUGAUAAUUGAUUUUAGUUUUAUAUUUCAUAAUGAUUACCUGACAGAA